UUGAAAACUAAAAUGGCGGACGUUCGAGGUGUACUCCAGCUCUGUGACCCGGUUCUCCUGAACCUCCAUAUGGACUCGGAUCAGCUGGACUCUGCUGAAUCGGCCCGGAUGGUGGUCUACCUCAUGGACAGUCGCCGGGUCCAGAAGGUUCUGUUCCGUCAGCUGUUCGUUCUGGACUCCAUGAUGUCUUUACUGGAGGGUCUGGAAUCUGCCCAGCAACUGGUGAUGUUGCAAUGCCCCCCCCAUCCAGGGGGUGGGGCCCGAGGCCGAUGGAAGUCUCUGAAGGUCCAGAACCGAUCGGGUCUGGAGGAGACCGAGGCUCUGCUGAGGAUUCAACUGGACCAAGUGGACCAGAUCCAGACCAGGAGGCAGACCCUGACCCAGCUCAUAGACCAGCUGAACCAGCAGAGGAGGCAGUGUGAUCACCUGGGGGAGUCUCUGCAAAAGGCCCAGAAUGCAUUGCAGUCAUGUGAUCAUCAGCUGGCCCAGAUAAGGGCAGAGUUGGAGGCGGUGUCGAAUCAGCUGAUCAACUGGCAGCGAAUCAGAGACGAGUUGCAGCGCUGUGUGUCUGCUGCUCAGGACGUCAUGCAUAUCAACCUGCUCUCCUUCGACCAAUCACAGCUGUGUGUGGCGCUCAGGCCACGCCCCUCCUCUCACCUGUCCACCAAUCAGCUGGAGCCUCUGAAGCUGUCAGUCACCUGGAGUCAUGACGACCGCUUCCAUCUGGAGGUCGGAGGUGAGCUGUCCGGUCUGGUGGAGGGCUGUUCUACAGGUGGGCGUGGUCAGCUGAGCGCCGCCCUGCUGAACGUCCUGAGCAGGUACAUGGGCCAGGUGGACCUGCUGACUGAGAUCCAGACCCUCAGAUCCAGUUUUGCCAUCGACUGGCGUGCGUCCCAGCGGCUGCUGGUCUACCUGAAGUCUGCGUCUCUGGUUUAUCACCUGGAGGUGGGAGAGGGGUAUCCCAGGUCCGGAAGAGUCCGACUCAGGUCUGUACGGCGGGACGGACUCGCCCUGGACUCAUCUGGACUACAGCCUGGUCGACCUGAUGCAUCUUUGACUGAGUGGUUGGUUUUACUCAGUGCCUCAUCUGAUGGACUGGACUAAUGGACUGGACUGGACUAAUGGACUGGACUGGUCUAAUGGACUGGAAUAAUGGACUGGACCGGUCUGAUGGACUGGACCGGUCUGAUGGACUGGACUGGUCUGAUGGACUGGUCUGCUGGACUCCACAUCUUUAACUGUCUGUCUUCUGUUCUACUGUCUGUGGUGUCCACCAGGGGACGCUGUCACUAAU